GAUGAUACAUAUGCGCUUCAGUUCCUCGGAGGAGAAACCGAGAUCGGUUCAGAGCUUUUUUAGCAGGCAGGAAAGCAUUUCGCAAAGAUGGUUUCCCUAAAAUCUCCGUCCCUGAUGCCGGUGACCCGCGCGGAGGCGCUGCUCGCUCUGAGCUGCCUGGCUGUCGUUCUCCUCGCAUUCCUGCUGGUGCGCCAGCUCGUCAAGCAGAGGAGACCCCCUGGGUUUCCUCCCGGUCCAUCUCCCAUUCCUAUCAUAGGAAACAUUUUUUCUCUCGCCACUGAGCCGCACGUCUUUCUCAAGAGGCAAAGCGAAGUUCACGGGCAGAUUUUCAGUCUUGACCUGGGAGGCAUAAUGACCGUGGUAUUAAAUGGUUAUGAUUGUGUGAAAGAAUGCCUUUAUCACCAAAGUGAGGUUUUUGCUGAUCGCCCUUCUCUGCCACUAUUUCAUAAAAUGACCAAAAUGGGUGGUCUUCUAAACUGUAAGUACGGGAAAGGCUGGAUUGAUCAUCGCAAGCUGGCCUGCAACUCUUUCCGUUAUUAUGGCAGCAGCCAGAGACUGUUUGAGCGAAGAAUCACAGAAGAGUGCAUGUUCUUAGUCGAUGCGAUUGACAAGUACAAGGGAAAACCCUUCAACCCAAAACACCUUGUGACCAACGCCGUGUCAAACAUCACCAAUCUGAUCAUCUUUGGCCAGCGUUUCACCUACGAUGACAGCAACUUCCAGCAUAUGAUCGAGAUCUUCAGUGAGAACGUGGAGUUGGCCGUCAGCGGCUGGGCUCUCCUCUACAACGCCUUCCCUUGGAUUGAAUAUCUGCCCUUUGGAAAACACCAGAAGCUGUUCCACAAUGCUGCUGAGGUGUACGACUUCCUGCAGAAGGUUAUAACAGGAUUUUCCCAAGGCAGGGUGCCCCAUGCACCACGCCACUAUGUUGAUGCCUAUUUGGACGAGUUGGAGCAGAACGCACGAGAUCCCAGGAGUUCUUUUACUUACGAGAACCUCAUCUAUUCCGUGGGGGAGCUCAUUAUCGCCGGCACAGAGACCACAACCAACACCCUGCGUUGGGCUAUGCUGUACAUGGCCCUCUACCCCAACAUACAAGAGAGGGUGCACAGAGAAAUCGACAGUGUGCUGACCAACGGGAGGCCACCUUCUCUCGAGGACAAGCACAGGAUGCCCUACGUGGAGGCUGUUCUGCAUGAGAUCCUUCGCUUCUGCAACAUUGUGCCUCUUGGUAUCUUCCGAGCCACCUCCCAGGAUGCAAAAGUCAAUGGGUACACGAUUCCUAAAGGAACCAUGGUGAUCACAAACCUCUACUCAGUGCACUUUGAUGAGAAGUACUGGAGCGACCCAGGAGUCUUCUUACCAGAAAGGUUUCUGGACAGCAGUGGCAACUUCAUAAGGCGUGAGGCCUUCCUUCCAUUCUCUUUAGGGAGGCGUCACUGUGUGGGUGAGCAGCUGGCCCGGAUGGAAAUGUUCCUAUUUUUCACCACAUUGCUGCAGAGGUUUCACCUUCAGUUCCCUCCACGAACCGUUCCAACUGUAACUCCCAAACUUGGAAUGACCCUACAGCCCAAACCUUACUCCAUUUGUGCUGUCCGCAGGCAGCAGAGGUUUCAAUGCUCUGAAGGCACUCCUUACCACAAGUAGGUUUGUUGGCUGCAGUGCACAGAAUCACCUGUGCAUUUUCAUCUUCCAAGAGGACUUCUGGUGAUCCAUGUGCCCACUGACAUCUUAACACAAACAAUCAGUUUAUUUGAGUGCUACAGAUAUUUUUUUAUAAGCAUAUAUGCAUGUUUGCACAGUACUUUUGAAGAGGAGGGGAGGCGCCAGGAGCUGACUGGACAUCCUGGGAGCACGGAUGGGCUAUUGAUUCAAUUCCCUGAGCUCCUGCAACCAGAAACGAAAUGCCUGUGAACCUUGGCGCAGCGGCGAUGGUUUAGGUCAAUGAUUUAUAUUAUGUACACCAAUGAUGGUUCAUAGGACUGAUGUUGUAGGACAGCUUUGGGGAGAUUAAUGACACCAGCUCUUCAUACAGCAUUUGUCUGGCCAAAUGGAACUAACGGACUUUCCAAGAAAGUUCUGAACUGUGUAUUGGAAUUGGCUUUAGACCAAGAUUUACGUCAUCUGGACUGACUCUGAACCUUUCUCCAGGGAUAGUGCUAUGUGGAAAAUCUUUCUCUUAGAAAGCAAAUGCAACCCUGACGGAUUUCUAGAAACUGACUUUGCAAGACUGGUUUCUGAUAAAUGGUGCUUAUCGGUACUAAUAAUGUAUUGUGUUUAUAUGUGACAUGUUUGUUGUAUUUUUGCAAUCCUGGUAGUGUACAUGUUUAUUUUUUUGUGUGUGUAUUCAUAAACUUGCCCUUCCUUUUCUUUAAAAAAGGUUAUUCUUAAAUGCUA